AUGGUCAUUAGCAUUGACAUUAACAGGAAACUUGACCUUGAAUUCAGUACUGCAAAAGUUGUAACACAAACUGAACAGCAGAGAAAGUUUAAAGAGCUCAAGGAAGAUUGUCCUUCUUUCGAUCUUGGCUUCGAUCUGAAGGAGGCUGGGAAAAAGGAUGAUGAAGGUGCUACAAUUGAAGAACCAGUAAUCAUUUCAAGCAACGAUAGUGGUGACUCUCUGGACAAAAUAUAUGCAACCAUUGAUAUGCCCAUUACGCCAUCGACAGUACAAGUAAAUGAGUUGCAGAAGACCAAACUAAGGGAACCAUCAUGCCACUUAGAUAAGGAGGUGCAGAAAGCAUUUGAAUGCAAGCCUACAUACCGGCUAGACCACAAAGAUAUGAUAUUGUUCUCUGUCCUCCAAAAUCUCACUCCUGAUCUCAAAAUUAUGAGUGGACACUAUUACUUAAUCGUGCUAAAUUUGAAGGCUGGGAGGUUCGAAGUAAUGGAUUCAAUGAGGAAGGAGGGAGACAAGUUACUUAUGCAAGAUGCUAGAAAUAUCAUUGGAAGCAUCAAGCACUUCUGGCAAGCUAACUAUAGCGCCUCAAAUAUUGACAUCUCCAAAUACAUGACUGUUCAUAUACCAACUCCAAUGCAGAAGACAACUUACGAUUGCGGCUACUUCGUCUUGAAGUUCAUUGAAUCUUGGGAUGGAAGGAGGUUACUGCCAUUCUCACCCUACGACAUGCCCGCACUAAGGAAGCUUUACCUCAAGAGAUGGAUGGCUACUGAAAGAAACCUCAUCAACUGGGAUGAACUGCUCUUCCCAAAUUGAUACAAAGGUACAUUCUGUUUUUUUACAGAAUGCUACAAUGCUAUCUUUUUGUAUCUUAUCUGUUGUGGUGGACAUGAA